AUGACUUUAGACAAUUACGAGUUUGUUGCUGACCCAUGUAUUACAGCAGCCACAAUCACUAUUCAUGAUGAGGAAGAAGAGGAUUUAUCGAUAAGACGAGGAGGUUUAAGAAAUCAUUCAAAACGAACAAAGAAACCUGCUUUUCGUCCAACUACUACGAACAACUACCACGAUGAUGUGAAUCGUUUACCAACAACACAAUCAAAAACUGGAAGAAAAACUACAAAAACUAAAUUACCCGCAAUUGACCGAGAAACAAUGUUUAGCAGAUGGUCAGCCUACGACAAAAACAGAGGAGCUAGAACUCUGGAAGAACAUUACGAGCAAGUUGUUCUGGCAUAUCCAAAAUUUGGAUAUAUACAAAAGCCACUAUAUGGAAAAAAUUUCGAUUACGAAGAUAUUGUUGUGGAUAUCCUUCACAUGAAACUGAGAAUAUGCGAUCAGAUGUUAAAACAUGCCAUCAAAAUAGCUUGCGAUGUUACAACUGCAAAUGCCACACAAAAAGAUGCAUUGCAACAGCUACAAAACGCAUUUACCUUCUUCACAGCGUUCAAUACAAAACAACACAUAUGUCCGCAGAAACUGCCAUUAUCCCGUAAGAAUUAA